AUGUACUAUUCCAUCAAGGCUUACCUGGCAGCAACCGAUGCCAAGCCUCGCUGCUACAAUGUCAGCGACCCACAGACGUCCGACUGGCUGGUCAUGUAUUUCGGGAGUUACAUCCGCUAUAGUAGCGCCAGGGACAUGAGGUUGCUCACAAACAACAGUGCAAACAUAUUCCAAGAUCUCGCAUUUAGCCGUGACAACCUGGAGCUUUUGCACAGAUAUCAGGUUCGGGACGACUUGGCAGAGAUGUACGCUGAUGCUCUUCUUACUGUCGAUUCUGAUUUCAGCCUUUCCAGUCUUCCAGACCAGCUCCUUUGCUUUGCACAACGCUCCACUUUGAUCCCUGGCCUCACCCCUGAAGAAGCCUUGAGCCUCAUUGCUCAGAUCAAUCUUCAUUGCAACUCUUCCAGACCAUCUUCAUCUGACCGCCAGCUUGCUACAAUGCUUGUGGCCCAAGUCAAGACAUUUGAUCGCCAGACGCUGGUGGCUUUGGGGCAACAGGCCAUGGGGCUCACCACUGACCAGAUCUCAAAUCUGACCACCGAAGUCCUAAGGGAUCCCAAGGUCUUGGAAUCUCUUGGACGGGUCACCAGCUGGAACCGGGGGCAAUCCCAGAUGCUGGUCAAUGAGAUCCUGCGCAACAACUUCACGCUGGAUACAGCCGAGAAGUUUGAGAGCCUUGGCGCCUUGGCACAGGGCUUGCCCAGCACCAGCUUUGACAGCAUUUCUGCAGAUUUGGCCACAGAGCUGGCCAAGAAUGCCAAUUUCGUGAGCGCUUUAAGCCAAGGUCCGGAGCAUCUGAGGAAAGCUUUUGUUAGCAAGAUUCUCUCCAACUCCUCUUCGUUGAGUGACAUUCUGAAUAACAUCCCAGAUGAACUGGUUGACCAGGUUCCCAACUCGCUACUGGUAUUUCGGGGAGAGGUUCCAGAUCUCCGCAAAAUCAAUGAGAAACAGUGGUCCCCACAGCAGGCAGCUGUCCUUUUCAGAGAGGUGUUUUCCAGGACUGACAAUUACACUGAGUAAGUUUGGGGUCUCUAAA